UCCGUGGGCAACAGCGGUUGCGUUACUGUCAUGUCAUUCGAAAAUAUAUUAUCAAAAGUUAAAAGCCAUCCAGUGCUGUGGCUACCAACGCACAAAUUCUAUAAGAACAGGACUGUAAGAGGGAAAAUAUGGGGUGAUAUUGCAGAGGAACUUGGAAUGGACGAAAGAGUUCUGAAGAACCGUUACAAAUACUUAAAAGAUCAGUACAGGAAAGAACUUAAGAAGGUGAUGACGAACGUGGUAGCAGAGUCGCAUUGGCAGCACUUUGAUGAUCUAGAGUUCCUGAAAGAGGAACUGUUAACGGAUGAUGGUAGGCUUAAAUCGAAGGAGACAGAAUUGGAUGACGACCUAAGACAGGAACCAAAUAACAAAAGAGCGAGAAACGAUUCGACAUCAACGCCAGAAGGAUCUAGAUGUACAAACUCUCCAGAUAUGUGCAAGAAUAUAUCAUCGAAGUCAGAUUCUGAAAAACUGGUAAUGGUACUCAAUCGAUUGAACAGGAUCAAUAAGAAUUUGAAUACAGAAAUGCGAAAUGAUCCAGAUUAUAUGUUCCUAAUGAGUAUUCUACCGACGUUUAAGAAAUUAUCUGAAAUACAGAAGUUGAUGCUGAGGGGGAAGAUGAAUGAGUGGCUGUUAGAAGCGCUGACCCAGAACGAGAGUGAAGUUCCAGAACCUCCUAUAUUUCAAUGUAAAUAUGAGAUAGAGGAGGAUUGAACACGAGCACCAGAUUCUCAUGUUUUUUUAAAUGGCCUUAAUAUACAAUUUUGUGGUCAUAAUAUAACGUACGAUCUAUGAAUAUCAUAAUACUGAACUCAACAGCAGUACUAUAAUGGAAUUUGUCCUGCAAUUAAGAAUGCUAUAGUGUUAACAAUUACUUUGUAUUUUGAAAGAGCAUUUAAAAUGCGUGUAGGUCGUAAAGCAUUGUGUUAAAAUUCGUUUUAAUCACGUCUGCGUGUUCGUUAUAUUAUUUAGAUGGAUGAUAAGACUGAAGAUCGUAACUAUUACGUGGCAUUAGAUGCAGAGUCCUCCACGACUUCUCUAUGAGAGGAAAAAUGUUUUUAAAAUUAAUAAUGGCGCAUUUUUAACUUGCUGUUGCAAAUAGACAGUGACCUGACAUGAUAAAAAUGUUUUUUUUGAUGUAACUGCUAGAGUCUGUGACCGAAUAUUAAAACUUCAACACCAUCUGCCAUUUUAGUUUAAGUUUUUAUUUUUUUGAAAUUAAGGUAAGGUAACGCACAAAAGUAAAUGAAUACCGUAUUAAAACUGGAACUGAAAACGAAGAAAUAUUGGGAGGUUUGAUUAACAUUGGAUGUCUGUAAUCACGAGACGUAAUUUUAAUUUUGAUUUCCAGUAAUAUGGGUCCAAUAUUUUUAGUAAGUAAUAAAUAAGUAUGUAUGAAUGCUCAAAUAUUGUUAAAGUUUGAGUAAGUUAUUACCGGAUUGUGUAUGCGUUAUGUUAUUAGCAUCAACCAAAAUAAGUUUGUAAAGUUUAGAAAAAUACAUUUGUUUUGUAUUAAUUAAUUCAGCAAAGUUAAAUCCCCUAAAUUAGGUAUACCAUUGUGUAGAGGUUAUUACAAUAGAAUCUAGAAUAUUGUACUUUUUUUGCGUAGGCUAAAAUUAUUUUUUAUUUUUACUUAAAAGCAAUAAUUGCCAUAAUAUAUAUUAGGUAUUGUAAGUAAAAUAAAGAUUAAACGACAUUUUUAUAUUAACGGGAACUAACGGACAAUUGGCUUUGAUGAACUAGACCUUAAAAGAAAUGAGAAUCUAGAAACCAGAGGCCUUUAAAAUAUUAACCUUGCUGAUCUUCGAGGUUUUAUUUUAAUUAGAAAUAGUCGUAAGACGAGCAUGACUUUUCUGUUGGUAAUUACAAUAUAGUGCCGCUUAGGAUUUUUGAUUGAACUCAAAGUCACUUUGAGACCGCUUUGAUUAAAAUUCGCGGCAGAAAAUGACGUUGCUGGCCUGUACAGAAGCCUCCCCUUAUAUCAUUUAUACGUCUAGAUAGACUUUGACUGCUGUGAAAACGUCAGAAAAAUUGAGUUUAGAGGUAACCUAUAUUUUGAGCAAUUCACGCACACUAACACAAAGUGACAUACAAAUCGCAAGUGUAAGGCCGGGUUCCCAGUAUGCCGAACCGGCAGAUUUACCGGCUCGGUAAAACUGCCGGAAGAGCUAAUAGCUAAAGAAUAUAUAUGAAGCUGUUCACAUUAUGCCGCAUCCGGAAACGGCAUUUUACCGAGCGUUUUGUCACUGCGAAGUGCCGGUAAAACCACUGGACCGUAGUAAUGUGAACAGCUUCAUAUAUACCUAUUCUUUAGCCAAUAUUUUGAAGGCUAUGCUCAAGCUUUGAUAUUAAACAUAUUACUCUGGUUUUGUUAGCUUUCUUAUGGUAUUAGUGUGACUUAAAGGUCUUAGACAUAGCCCAAAUGAUUGCACGACGGGCAGAUGGCCGUUGGGACAGUAAAGUCCUCAAAAGGCGACUACGUACGGGAAGACGCAGUGUUGGUAGGCAAGAUAGAUCGACGACCUGGUCAAGAUCGCCGGAAAACGUUGGAUGAGGGCAGCGCAGGACCGAUCACCGUGGAAAUCUUUGGGGGAGGCCUUUGUCCAGCAGUGGAUGCCUUCCGGCUGAUGAUGAUGAAACGUCUUAGUUGCCAGUCAUAAAAUUAUUAAGCUUGGAAAGAUGACAAUAAAAUCAGACUUGUAAAAUUACGUAUUCAACUGCUACAGCUUUGUGGAUUUCUGAUCUAUUGUAUUGUUCGUGAGUUAUAUUAAGUAAUAAUAAUGUUAUUGUUCUAAGUUAAAAUAAAUAUUUUUAAUACACAUACAUUUAUAAAUAUUUUUAAUUCUAUCCAAUAUUAUACCAGUUUUGAUUAAUAAAUGGUUUGAAUUCAA